CAAAUUGAUUUCAUUUCCUUUUUCUCUUUCUUCCUUCCUUCCUUCCUUGUCUUUCCUCUUAUCAUUCUUCGCCGUGGUGGUGGUGGUGGCCGCCGGUAAUGGAUAUUCUUGCCGUGGGUUACUCCCUGCGAAACAAAAAUGCCAUUCUCUCUCUUCCCCACCGUCACGUAUUUCAUGAAGCAACUCUUACCCAUUGCUAGCUUAGCUAGACGCAAUCAAUUCCAGUUUGUGGAUUCGAUUCUUCUGCAGUAAGGCACGCGGAAACAUAUAUAUAUAUAUUUCUUUACAUACUCUGAGCCUAUUUUUGUUUGUUAGCCACUCGGAGGAGCGGGAUUCACUCACCUACGUGAGAUGACGAUGAUGAGAAUGGCGGAUGGAUGGAGCCGAUCGGAUGUUAUGAACUAACUAACUGAUAGCUAGUUGACUUUGUUUGCUUGAUAAUAAUAGUCACACACAGUUUCCUUGUUUUUAAUUUUAUAUAUAUUUGGCUGAGGAAAUCUUACCGCAAUAUCUAGCUGUUUUAUAACCAUGACAAGCAAGCAAGCUCUCUGAGUCCAUUAGCUGUACCUGUACAUGCAAAAAUGGAUUAUAAUUAUUAGGCAAUUCUAAAGGAAGGAAGGAAGGAGAGUAGCUAGUGCAGAACCUACCUUUCCUUUUGUAAAGUAAAGUAAAUUAAUGCCUUUUCCUAUGAAGAUCCAACCUCUAGAUAACACUACUCAGGAGGAGGGUUUCAGAGAAUCGAUCCGAAAUGAUUCCACGUCCAAACCCGCGUCCAAAUCGCGACUUAGGAGGCUCUUUGAUCGCCAGUUCCCCAGUGUACUUCGAAAUUCUACGGCGGCGGCGGAGAAGACGACGACGGUUGUGUUUGGCGAACUACAGUACUUGGUCAAAGAUGCUGCAACCGAGUUCGAACCCAGCUCUGUGUGCUUGGCGAAGAUGGUGCAGAAUUUCAUUGAGGAGAACGAGAAGCCAUUGUCGACCAAAUGUGGCCGAAACCGCUGUAAUUGCUUCAACGGAAAUCGCAAUGAUAUCUCGGACGACGACGACGACGACGAGUUUGACUACUUUGCCGGUUGUCUCAACAACGAUUCAAACUCAAACGCCGAUACUCUCGAAACCCUUAAGAGUUUGAUUCUCUGUGCAAGUGUAUCGGAGAGAAAUGUUGUAGCAGAUACUUGGAGGAUUGUGGAGAAGAACAAAGCUGCCGGUUGCAAGCGGAAAGAUGAUAUGCGCAAUCUUGUCACUGAUGGACUAAUUCUUCUCGGCUAUGAUUCUUCAAUCUGUAGAUCGCGUUGGGAAAAGUCUUCUUCUUGUCCAGCCGGAGAAUACGACUACAUAGAUGUAAUUGUGGAAGGAGAGAGACUGUUAGUAGACGUGGAUUUCAGAUCGGAAUUUGAGAUAGCUCGAUCAACCGGGAGUUAUAAAUCCGUCCUUCAGUCACUACCGCAGAUAUUCGUGGGGAAGGCGGAUCGGCUGGAACAGAUGGUUUCCAUAGUCUCGGAGGCGGCGAGACAGAGCUUGAAGAAGAAAGGAAUGCACGUCCCUCCUUGGAGGAAACCGCAGUACAUGCUAGCUAAGUGGCUCUCUCCACACACAAGAGCCGCCACGGCACCACCGCUGCUGUCCGAUGAAACUCCUCCUCCGACGGAGGAGGAGGAAAGAAGAGAGGACGGAAAACACGAGCAGCAGAGAUCGAAGGAGGAGGAGGAGGAGAAGAAGUUUCCCGAGGGUUCGGAAGAUAAAAUGGUGGUAGUGCAGCAGCAGCAGCAGCAGCAGCAGCAGCAGCAGCAGCUAAUUACUACAUGGCAGCCUCCUCCGGCAAUAACAAUAAAUGUGAAGAAAUACGAAAGAGGACCUAAUAAUAAUAAUAAUAAUAAUAACAGUAAUAUGGUUCCCGGAUUGGCUUCUCUCCUGCUACUGGGAGAGACACCCUAA